AUGGCACCAUUUUACAAUUCAAAAUCAAGUAGAUUUGUGAUGAUAGUUAAGGGUCAAGGUUACUUUGAAAUGGUUUGUCCACAUCUCUCUGAAACUCAACAAAGAGGACAGAGAACACAAGCACAGGAAGAAACAGAACAAGAAGGCGUUCAUUACCAAAGGAUCAGUGCACAACUUCGCCCAAAAACAGCAUUUAUAAUCCCGGCAGGUCAUCCUACCACCAUUGUUGCAUCCAAGAACGAAAACCUACAGAUGGUUGUAUUUGGAAUCAAUGUCCGUGACAAUCAGAAAAACUUCCUUGCAGGGAGGGAGAACGUUAUGAACCAGAUGAGUAGAGAGGCUAAGGAAUUAGGGUUCAACGUGCAAGCAAAAGAGGUGGAAGAAAUCUUUAACAACCAGAAAGAAUCUUUCUUUCUACCAGGGCCUCAGCAACAGCAACAAAAACAUGAUGUUCCUUUGAACUCCAUCUAUGAUUUUGCUGCCGUCUAA